AUGGAAGCGAUGUUCGACACCGCCGGGCAUCAGCUCUGGACGACGUCAGCGGCAGCGCAGGAGCCGGCAUCUGCCGGCUCCGAAGCCAGUACAACAGCCUUCACACCCGCCGCCUCCGCUGCAGAUUUUGAUCCUGGUUUUGCAGCCGACAACACUGGCGCCGGCGCCGCCAGCGCCCACAGGUUACCACAUCCAUCGCCGCCGCCGGCGGCGGCGGCCCCGACCCACGGGUCGUUCCUGUCGCCAUUUGCACCCCUCAGCCAGCGCCAGCUCACCAUCCGAGCUGCCUCCUUGGAGAGCCAGCUACAGGCGCUGCUCACGGGGGCCGGCGGAACACCGGCGGCCCCCUCCCUGGCGCCGCGAGGGACGGUGAACGCCGCCGCCGCCGUCACGGCGGUCGCUGCGGAGCCGCCGCUAAUACUGCCGUCACCCCAGCGCACCCGAGGGGCCUCCGACGGUGGCUUGUGUGGUAAUGGCGGCGCCAGUUGGACUGCCGUACGCCUAACAGAUGAACCGGGGGAUAAGCAGCAGCAGCAGCUACCGCUUUCGCUACAGCUGCCUGGCGGUGCUACAGCCAACUCGCAAAUCGGCAGCCCUCAGGGCCCAUUCCAGAAUCAUCAUGCUUUCAGGGGUCUUGCAAGUCAAUCGGCGCCGCCGCCGCCGCGCAGCAGCUCCUCCACCCUCUUACGGUCGGCGUCUGGUGCACCUGUACGGCGUCUGGGGUCGAAGGUGCUGCUGGCGGCGGCACCUAGCGUAGUGGCUGCCGGCAGUACGGGCGGCGGUACGGAGGCGGGUACGGAGGCGGCAGAGCUGGAGAACAGCCGGCUAGUGGCGUGUCACGCCAUUUCCGGCCCCGCCCUGCUCUCCGAGUACCUGACCGGCAACUCCAUUCGGUCCGCACUCAGGCGGCACUGGUGGGUGAAGUCUCCUAUGGCGCGCAUCAAGGUGGCUCUGGAUGCGGCUCAGGGUAUGGAUUAUCUCCACUCCCGGGGUGUCGUACAUCUUAAUCUCAAGACCGGCAACCUGCUCGUGGGGUUCUCAGAGAAGCAGCCGUCCUGCAAGGCCCCGCACCCGCCACAUGACAUGCCGCGUGCGACUGUGGCCAACAUGCCCUCCUGCGCAAUGCGCUGA